AUGCCGAGGGAAAGCUUGGUGGCAAGGUCUGAUGGUGUUCGAAAACCUACCCGUCAAAAAGUGGCCAUGUUUGCCUGUGACAAUUGUCGCACCAAAAGACUCAAGUGCACUUACAACGAGAGGCCGUGCAUGAACUGUAAACUUUACCAGAAGGAAUGCAAACAAACAGGGGCGCGCAAAUCCAAACCCUCCGCGAGACCGCCAACAGACGACUCUUCUUUCGACACAACGCAAAAUACGGACCUGGCAUCGAACGCCUCACCAUCCGUUGAGAGUCAGUCGUACUUUCUCAAAGCACAAAAUGCAACCCCAAGUGUGCAAGAGCAUGAAGAUGCACCAGAUCGCCGCCUCGCAAAUCUCGGGGCCUUAAGCUACGACCAGCCUCAGCAAAUGAUGCCACUGGACGAACUAUUCGAAAAUGAAGUGCUGAGAUUGAAUGUUCCUUUCCACGACUUCUCUUUCCUCGGCGACUUGGUCAGCGAUGCUGAUCAUUCUCUAAAUGGACGCUUAACUGUGGACUCUGUAGUCCCACUGGACGUGGAUGGUUGUCAUGAGCAAGCGGGAACUCCAUUUUCCAAGCUUACCCCCAUAUCUCCCCAUGGUCAGCAAGGGGAUAGAGUAUCUGGCUUGGGAUCCUUGCCUCCCAAGUCCGGACCAGGAGUAUCGGAAAAUCAAAUUCCACCAGGGAUCUUCGUCGGCGUGGGCGAAAUUAAGACUGGUUUUAUUGGGUUAAACUCUACCGGAGGCACACUGGCAAGCUGUAUUCGUGAAUCGAUGAGCAAAUAUCCUCAUCUAUCGUCUAGCUUAAACUUCGAGUGGCUCGUCCAAGCUGGGAAACAUAUUGCCAAAUUCGACACAACUGAGACCGUUGAGAUCUCUGCCGGACAGCUGCCUCCAAAAUCCCUCGCAGCCAUUUGUAUCGCAUCAUACUUUACCAAUGUCCACAUUUACUACCCUAUCAUUCGAGAGCAACAUUUCCAGGCCGACUGGGAGGCACUGUAUGACCCAUCUCAAAAAACACAUCGUGCGUCGAAUUAUAUUCUGUUCUGCCUGGUCCUCACCAUCGGAGCUGCCAGCGACCGGGGCAACUCUGCGUCAGCAUCGCCACUAGAUCAAUUUUCUCGAGAGCUGUUCCAGAAGGCUUGCGCGUUGGUAUAUACCCCAUUGACUGAGUCCUCCGUAGGAGCAUUACAGGUGAUCCUACUUCUUGUCAUGUUCUUGGAACUCAAUGGUAAUUACAGUCUGGCGUCUGUUCUGUGCGGAUUUAGCAUCCGCCUUUGCCAGUCGCUUGGCUUGCACAGGAAAAGUCCUCCAGACUUUGACCUCAGCCCAGAUGAGAUAAGGUAUAGGUCUCAGCUGUGGUGGAUAGCCUUCCGCUUAGAGACGUCUGUCGCCAUGUCUGAAGGUAGACCCACGGCAGUCCGCGAGUUGACGUACGACGUCGACAUUCUUCCGCUCUGUCAAGACAACUGCAUUUCUCCGAUCAUCACCACCGCCUCUGAAAUUCACAGAUGGAGUGCCACCUUGACCGAGCAUUGCAACCGAUUCUCCACCAUCAACAGCCUCUGCAUAAACACGAAUGCCAGGUUAGAUGCGUUGACUGAUCUCGAUAAUUCACUGAUGCGGUGGAGGGAUCAAAUAUCAGUAGAGUAUCAACCUGGGCGAGACGUAGUGUCUGACUGGAAUUCGUUCAUACUCGUCGCUCCGCUCCAUCUUGACUACUUCAAUCUCGUGAGAGCGAUUCACUGGGCUUGCCUCACGGCGAUUGGUACAAACAUCGAUGCAAUCGACGAUCGGCACAGACGCUCACUCCGAACGAGUGACAUGAAAUGCUUGUGGGCGGCCCGGUCAUUCGUCCAAACCGUGAACAGCGUUGCAGACGGCGGUCCCGGCGGCAGCCUGUUUCCAAUAGCCCUCCACACUGACCACUAUCUGGCCGUCUCGGCCAUUCUUUACCGGGCAAUUUGCGAAAGCCCCCACCGAAUGGCAGCAAAAGUUGACUUGGAACACCUUCGCGCUGUGAAGUUACAUCUCGAACGAGAUUCAUUUUCCGGAGAGUGGAGUGCUACGUUACAAAGCACAAUGGAAACAAUGCUUCAAAUAGCAGAGCACUUGGUACGGAAUGAAUCGACAGGAUCGACGUACCGGUAG